AUGAACCCCUCUUCCAAUCCACUUGACGAAUUACUCGAGACUUUCAAAAACGAAUGUGAAUCCUAUCAAAAAGAGUUCAAAUCUCGGAUAGAUUCAAGUGCAGGCAAGCUCUUAUCGAAAAUCAAAGAAUUCUACUCCAAGCUUGAGCUCAGCACAAAAGCCAUCCCUAAGAAGCCAAAAAACAAACCAGCUUCUGACGAAGAGUCUGAAUCUGACUCAGAAAGUCCAAUUCCAAAGAAAAGACCAGCCACGUCAGCCCCAACAAAGAAAAAGCCAGAAGCAAUACCUCAUAAGCCACCAGCUCCUCAAAAAAAAAGAAAAGCUGAUAACGACUCAGAAGAGGAAAGUUAUGACUCUUCAAAACUAGACUCUUUAAUAAAGCCAAGCAACAAAAAAGUCCCUGAGCCAAAGGAAGAAAGUGAAUCUGAAGAAAGCGAAAAAUCCAAGCAAGAAGAAACAAAAGAGAAACCCAAAGAAGAAAAAGUUAAAAAUAAAACUGAAGAUGAGCCAAAACCAAAGCCCAGCGAAGACACAAAGGUAAAAAUAAAGGUCGACGGAGAACCAAAAACACAGGCAAAAAAAGAGUCAGAAAUCCAGAACGAAAAAGAAAAAAUUUUUGAUUCAGAAGGGGACGAGUCUUCAGAAAACUCGAUUUUUGGCACUGAAGAUGAGGGAGAUGAAGAUGUGAAAGAAAAUAAGUCAGAGGAGGACACUAAAAUGGACAUUGAAGAAAAGUUCUCUUAUAGCACACUUACGCUGUCUUUUGAAAAUGUAAAAAAGAUGAUUGAUGAUAUCGGGAAUGUAGAAACUACUAUUUCUCUUGAAAUCCUUGAUACUUUAGAAAGACUCUUUAUUUCAAAUCCCAGCGAUUAUUCAUAUAAAAUCCUUGUAGACACCAAACUCCCGACCAGUCUAUUGAGUUACUGUAAAACUGUAGAAAACGAAGCUGUCAAAGACAAAGGCACAAAAUUGGUAAAAAGUCUGAAAGAAGUAUUUUUUAUAUAGACCUAUAAAAGAUUCAUAGAAAAAGAACCUGCUGAGGACUGGGGCAGACUAAAAAAGAGACUUGACGAAGCCAUCGCAAAGGCAUCUGAUGUAGAAAUCUUAGCCCAGCUACGAAGAGUUGGAGACUCUUUCCCAGAAAAAAUAAUCGAUGAAAUGAAACCACUUAUGAGCACUAUUAACAAACUCAGCAAAGACUCAAGAAACAGCGAAAUUCAGACAAAGGCAAGCAGUUUAUGCAAAAAAUGGAGGGAAAAAAUUGCGAAACCUGAAGGCCCUAAAGAGGAUAUCCGAAAAGUUAUGGAUGAAAAAGUUAACUUCCUUAAAAAUGCUGGACAUAAAGUGCUAUCAGCAGAUGAAGAAAACUCAAAAAGUAUUAAGACAGUUGAUUCACGUAAAACAGUCCCUCAAGGUAAAGGGAGAAGAUAA